CAGAGCAGCUCAGUGCCUCCCGCCUGCAGCAGCUCAGAACUCUGGAACCACUUGCUGCAGCAGCUCAAGGCCUGCGAUGGCAAAGAUGGCUGCUGCCAUUUGCCCCGCCCCCUUCUAUCCUACUUUUGUGCGUUUUUCUUUCCCAUAAAACCUUUAAAAAUGAACAUUUCACACAUUUCUUGUGCGGAUGGUUCAUCAGUGGGUAUGUGAGGUCAGAUUUGAGGUGAAAUUCACCUUUAAAUGUGCGCAAAAAGCGUCAUCUAUAAGCUGGUGUGUGUAUUAAGGGCUGUGAUGCUCUGAUAUGCCAAAAGGAGCAUAAAAUUGAUAAAAGUGUGUUUUUUUUCUCACCAAAGCAUAAAACACAGCUAUAGUACAUUAAAGUGGGGCUUUUACAAAGUCCUUGGGUAGUUAUUUUUAUUGAAAAAUUGAUUUGAGAGCGUUGCUUCUGAAUAUUCAAAUUGUAAGUAACGCGCAAUCAAAUCAUUGUCAAAUCAUUGAGUUCUAGGGGUUUUAAAUAGUAGGCAAGGAGGAAGAAAAUCUCAAACUAAUAUCUCCCCAGCUUUAUCACAAUAUUGUUGUAUGCUCUGAUCCCACUGGAACACAUCAGAUUUGUUGUUUUUGGAGACUUUUAUAGAAAUUUCGUUCUUGGCCAUUUUGCUGAGGCAGAAUAGAACGUUGUGGAGAUCCAAAGGUCUUCUCCAGGGAUCCUCUCCUCAUCUCAGCCAUCAUGUCUGAAAAGCAACGUGUGUAUCAGGGCGUCCGGGUGAAGACCACGGUCAAAGAGCUGCUGCAGAGGCACAGAGCAAAGGAGGCCAGCAGGAAACCCCAACCGGUUUACUUGGAGCAAAAGGAAAGUUGUCCGUCAGUGCACCAAAGUUGUCACGAGGACCCUCCUCCUGCCGCCCCUCCGGCGGACAUGAGCUCUCGGGCCCUGCAGCUGCGCGCGCCCUCCCUCCCUGUCACUAAGAGCUCGUGCAGCCUGCAAAUGCAGGCGAGCGCGUUCUGCGACCCCCAGCAGCAGCAGUUCGGGGACUUGAUGUUGCCCAGCAACGACUACGGUCUCAGUUCCAGAGGAGCCAUGGACUACAACUCCCUGCCUCCUCUGCCCACAUCCUCCCCGCUGCCCUGGAGUCACGCGAUCUCCUCAGACGUGGACUACUACGACCAAGGGAUGGCGGCCUGCUCCUUGUCAGAGUCCCUGACACUCUACACCCCCUUGGAUUCCAACAGCUACUCCCCUCAGGACUCCUUUUCCUCUUCCUCCUCAUCUUGCUAUGACUCACCAACCAGGAUGGAGUCCAGUUUCCACGGCUUCCUCUCAAAACGCUACCCCUAUCAGUACUGCAGCCCCCAUCAGGACAAUGUGGCUGGCUGCUGGCCGGCCCAGCUGGAGAGCGCCCCCCUCGAUGAGUACGCCCCCUACCACCUCCCCACAGACUAUCCCUACAUCCAGCCUGUGGAGGAGAGCUACUUCAGGAAGGAUUUCCCUCUGGGCUCUGAAAUGUGUUACAAUAUUCUAUGAUGAGGAGUUCCAGCAGUAUUACAUUGUAUUCUGUUUGUACACUGCAAAAACACAAAAUCUUAUCAAGUAUUUUUGUUCUAGUUUCUAUUGCAGAUAUCCUAGUAUACUUGCAAUAAGACAAAAGCAACUUAAAAUGAACUUUUCAGCAAAAAUAUGAUCGUUUCAAAUCAAUAAUUUCUUAAUGUUGAUAAAAAAAUACUAGUUCCAUUGGCAGAUUAUUUCACUUAUUAUUUCACAUUUCCCAUGUUAUAAGUGAAAUAAUCUACCAGUGGAACUAGUACUUUUUCAUCAAUAUUAAGAAAUAAUUUAGUUAAAGCAAUCUCCUAUUUCUUUGUGAAAAGUUACUUUUAAGUUUGUUUUGUCUUAUUGCAAGUAUACUAGGAUAUUUGCAAUAGAAACUAGAAGAAAAUUACUUGGUAAGAUUUUGUGUUUUUGCUCUUUAAAUGUGACUCCCCUCGUCUACUCAGCUGGACUGUUUGUUUUCAUGGUCUGCUUUGCAUUUCAGUUUGUUCUCUGACCGCUGGACGCUGCACUGGAGUGACUGAUUGUUUAAUACCCAUUAAACAGAUAGUUUUCUAUAA